AUUUUUGUUGGCCAGUUUAUGUAUGAAUUUCUAAAAAUGGCUAUUUUGAUCAAGGACAACAUUGUUGAUGUGGUUUAAGACGCCGUUAUGUCGAAUUAAUAUAAGCAGUACUUUAGAGGAAAUUCGAAUAAUUCACAUGCAUGUAUGAUGCAGCAGAUAAUUUUGGAGAUAUCUGCUUAGCUAUGCUAUUUUGACUGUGUAGACGUCAAUUGAAGUAUUAUAGCAAAACCAAAUUGACGUAUAAUGAAUCAUCCGUGUCAGCGUAACACUCGUGUACAUGUAUGAUACAUGUACAUAUAAGUGAAGUACAUGUAUUAGUGACAUGGUUUGUAGUUGACCUAAUUUCACUCUCACCCCGUAUGGAAUUUACUGACCAAGUAAUAUGUUGACGGUGCUACUGUUUGAGCGAGCGCAACUUCAUGGUAUUUUUUGUAUAGACUGACCAGAUGGAAGAGAAUCUCACAAUCUGCCCUUUGUAUUCCUACAUGUGUAUAUGAAAGACAGUUUUUACAGACAUCACAAAAUUCACAGCAUUUAUUCACAAAGAAAUUUUCAACUAAACCCAGCUCUGAAGUGAAGUCUUUAGAUAUUUUAGGAAACACAUAUAUCACUGAUUUGUCUACAAACAUUACUCCCAAAAUAUUGGAAAUGAUCGGCAAGAACCUACACUGUAAGCAUAAUCACCCAUUAAAUUUGAUAAGUAGAAGAAUUGAAAAUUACUUCAACAACAACUUUAGGAAUAGUUGGCGAGCACCAAUGUUUAGUAAGUUUGACCGGAUUAGUCCAGUUGUGACCUUGACCCAGAAUUUUGACAGUUUACUUGUGCCUCCCCACCAUCCCAGCAGAGAUUUAUCGGAGAGUUACUACCUGAAUUCUACGCACAUGUUGAGAGCCCACACUUCAGCUCACCAGAGUGAUCUGAUCAAGACGGGAUUGGACGCCUUCCUUGUUCUGGGUGAUGUGUAUCGUAGAGACACUGUAGAUGCCAGUCACUAUCCAGUGUUUCAUCAGAUGGAGGGAGUCAGGCUUUUUUCAAAACAAGAACUCUUCAGUCAUGUAGAGGACGCAUCCAAAGUGACCUUUUUUGAAGAAGGUACAAGAAAUUCAACAAAACAAGAAAGACAUGCAGUGGAAACAUCUUUGUCCUUAGAACAGGAUCUUAAAAAAACCUUGAGGAAUCUUGCAAAUCAUCUCUUUGGAGAGGAUGUGGAGAUGCAGUGGGUAGAUGCUUACUUCCCAUUUACACACCCAUCCUGGGAGCUGGAGAUCAAAUACCAGGGGGAGUGGUUAGAAGUUCUGGGGUGUGGAAUAAUAGAACAAGAACUUCUUACAGCAGCUGGAGCUGACAGUAAGGUUGGCUGGGCAUUUGGACUGGGACUGGAACGGUUAGCCAUGAGGUUGUACAGUAUACCUGACAUCAGGCUGUUCUGGAGUGAAGAUUCCAAAUUCCUCAACCAAUUUAAUGUUGAUGAACCUGACACAAAAGUUACUUUUAAGCCAUUCAGUAAACAGUCUCCAUGUAUCAAUGAUGUGUCAUUCUGGGUACCUGAAAACUUCUCUGAAAAUGAUUUUUAUGAUAUUGUACGUAAUGUGGGUGGUGAUCUUGUGGAAAGUGUAGAACUUUUUGAUGACUUUGUGCAUCCCAAAACACAACGGAGGAGUAAGGCUUAUCACAUGACCUACUGUCACAUGGAGCGAAGUUUGACUCAAAGUGAGGUCAACGACAUUCAUAAGAACAUCAUGGAGGAAGCUAUCAGACAACUGGGUAUCCAAGUGCGAUGAAAUUCUGUGUUAUUUCUAAAAUGUGUCAUCAUUGUUAACAGUGUAAAAAGAUUUUAUUGUUGAACUCUGUUAAAUUUGAUAUUAUCUACACUAGAAUACAAAAAUGAUUAACCAACAGGAAAUGUAUCUUUUUCAUAUCAUAUAACAAUGUUUUUUUUAAAAAAUGUUCGACAGAACUGGUAAGUGGUUGUACCUUUGAAGAUCUGAUUACCACAUAAAGUGGACAUUUCAACACUUUGACUGCAAAAAUAAUUAUAUAUUACAUGUAGCUAAAACAUAAAACAAUCUCAAACAUCA